UCCCUCCCUCCCUCCCUCUUUAAGAACCCACCGAACCAGAAGACGCCAUGGAAUCGACCACCGCCACCGCCGCCACCGCCGCCACCACCACCACCACCGACGCUCAAAACCACAACCAGAACCACCGCGGCAGCAUGGACCGGCCGCAGCACCGCGGAAGCGCCAUGAAGAAGUCGUCGUCGCGGGACUCCGAGACCUCAACUGCCCCCGACUCCCCCCGUCUCUUCCACUCUCCCCUCAGAUCCGAGUUCGGCGACCCCCCCGAGUCCCCGCCCUUCUCCUCCCCGGCCGCCACCCUCGACAGGCUCCCUCUUCCCGACGACUCCAGGGCCAUCGUCGCCGUCGACAAGUACACCCAGUGCUCCCCGCUCCCGUCGCCCCUCCCCGACGCCCAGAAGCCGCGCGAGGGCGCGAAUCACAAGCCGCCGCCGCCGCCGCCGCCGAGGUGGGGGGCGGUGAAUUGGGCGUCGAAGGAGGAAAGCGCGCAUGCUGCGGCCGCGGGGAAUGGCGGCAGGAGAGGGAGGAGGGAGGAGGGGCGGUCGACGGCGGAGACGGCGGAGACGGCGGAGACGGCGAUAGUGAGGAGGGCGAAGGGGAAGGCGAUGGUGAAGAGGGCGGGGCUAGGGUUUAGGAUUAGCGAGAUGAUACUGUGCCUGAUUUCGUUUUCGGUCAUGGCUGCUGACAAGACCCAGGGAUGGAGUGGCGAUUCGUUUGAUCGCUACAAGGAGUACAGGUUCUGUCUAUCCGUGAAUGUCAUUGGAUUUGCAUAUUCAGGGUUUCAACUGGCUUCCCAUUUGAUCUCUGGGAAGCACCUCCGCCACCACCUCCGUUGUCAUUUUGAUUUCUUCAUGGAUCAGAUUCUGGCGUAUCUCUUGAUAGCAGCAUCGUCCGCAGCAGCAACCCGAGUUGUUGACUGGGAAACAAACUGGGGCAAGGAUCAGUUUACGGAAAUGGCGAGUGCUUCAAUAUCAAUGGCCUUCCUGGCUUUUGUAUCCUUUGCCUUAAGUUCCCUUGUCUCUGGUUACGACAUGUGUACUCGGGAUCUUGCUUGACAAUGAAUCUGUUCAGCUAGUAGAAUGUAGAAUGUGGGGGAGACCUAAUUCUUCUCCUCUUACUUUGUUGCUUGAGUUGUACAGCAGGCAAGAUUCAUUCCCAGUAUUGUGGCUAUAUAAUAAGAUGAACGCAAACGCAGGGGUUAUCAUUGCACUUAAAUUUUCUUGUAGGUUGUUGGAAUUCUUAUUAUAUAAGAUAAAAAAAGUUCCUAUGGUGGUGGAGUUUAUUUGACGACGCAAGAGGUAGAGCCACUAUCUCAUGAGAUAAGAGAACGCUGAGGAAACCGCGGGAACUGGAGCUUCAUGUAUUCGAAAGUGCAAAAGGUAGGCUGAGCCCACGAGUGGGGUAGAUUGCUGCUAACGUAGAGGGCACGACACAAGGUAUUUCUCAGCUUGUGUUACAUUACGUUACCAGCUAUCAUCAUAGUCAUGACGAGGUAGGUAGCUUAAGUUUAAAUUACACCUCUAGUCUGGAUUUGAUUUGUGAAUGUCGUGAAAUUUACGGGCGAUAUGUACAUAUGUAGCUUCUUUCUAUCUGCA